CUUCUCUGGGAGCUCUAGAGUUAACAGAACUGAAGAAGAAGCCACACCCUUAAAGCUGAAUAAAAAGACUUAGUUUUGUUUCUCUUUACUGGCAUUGAAAAUGGCUUCUGCUGGUCUAUACAAUGAGCUUACCUGCUCAAUAUGCCUGAGUAUCUACACAGAUCCUGUGAUGCUACCCUGUAAACAUCAUUUCUGUAAGGAAUGCAUUUCUACCACUCUGAACAGUCAGAGAAAGUCUGGACUUUACAGAUGCCCUGAAUGCAGAGCAGAGUUUAAAUAUUGGCCAUCUCUACAGAAAAACCUGAAGCUGAGUAACAUUGUAGAACAUUAUCUUUGUACCCAGCAAAAAGAGGAAAAAUCCAAAGUCUUUUGUACUUACUGCAUUAAAUCUCCAGUGCUUGCCGUGAAAACAUGUCUACAUUGUGAAGCCUCCUUGUGUGACAUGCACCUGAGAACCCACAGUAAGUCUGAGAAACAUGUUUUAAUUGAACCCACUGCCUCCAAGGCAGAAGCAAAUAAAUGUAUAAUCCAUAAUGAGCUCCUAAAGUACUUUUGCUCUCAAGAUUCUGCACUGAUCUGUUUGAACUGUUGUAAAGAGGGCAAACACCAGGGGCACAAGUUGGAACUGAUAAGCGAUGCAUUUGAGAAAAAGAAGACAACACUACUUGAUUUUCUAAAGAAGAUAAAUUCAAGAACAAUUGAAAAUGACAAACAACUGUGGAUGCUGCAGGAGCGCAAAAAGAGGGUGCAAGGCAAAGCAAGUGACAUGAAAGUAAGGGUGGCUGCACUGUUCACAGACCUGAGAGAAGAGGUCUUGGCAUUCGAAAAUAAAGUAAUAAAUGAAGUUGUAAGAGAAGAAGAAAAACUCUUGCGUCCCCUGGCAGAUCUAAUGCAGAAGUUGGAAAUGGAAACAGCUGAUCUGCAUGCAAAAAAAUGUUGUGUUGAAGAGUUAUGUAGUGUCACAGAACCUCUAACCCUCCUUAAGCAACCUGCCAUCAGAAGUGAUCUUGGAAAAAAACAUUUGGAGAAUGCAGAUGAUUUUGACGGACUAACCAUUGAGAUGACAUUGCAGAAAGGCCUCUCCAUACUGUCUAACGCUAUUCCCAGACUGAAAAAAUCAAAGGGCUUCUUUAUGGAAGACAACUCUGACAUGAUUCUGAAUGUUGACACGGCUGACCUUAACAUUGCUCUUUCAUCUGAUUUACGAAAUGCUGAUUACUGCCACAUAGAAAAGUCGCGCCCACAUCAUCCAGAGAGGUUUAUGACUCAACAAGUGUUAAGCAAAAAUAAAUUUUCAUCAGGAGAACAUUAUUGGGAAGUAAUAUGUGCCGAUACAGGAGACUGGUACAUAGGUGUGACAUAUAACAGUGUCAAGAGGAAAGGUGACAUGUCACACAUGGGAAGCAAUAACAAGUCUUGGUGCUUAAGCUGGUUGGAUCAAGAAUUUACAGCAGACCAUGAUAAUGUGUCAGAAGAUUUAUGUACAGAGCCAGACAAUUAUCAUUUUGGAAUAUAUCUGGACUGUGAGGGUGGGUGGUUGUCUUUUUAUGAAUUAUCUGACCCAGUCAAGCAUUUACAUACUUUCAAGGCAAAUUUCACAGAACCACUGCAUGCUGGCUUCUUUAUUGGGGACGGUAGCUGGAUACAUAUUGGGAAAUAAAGGGGAAAACGAUACUUAUAAAUCAGAUACAAGUUAGUUCUCUGCCGCAAGUUCAUAAGCGUUUGAUCAAAACUAUAUAGGGACAGUCACCAAAUCCAUUUCGAUAUAAUGGAAAAUAUUCAUAUGCUUUACCUAAAGCUUUACUUUAAAGGAGAAUGAUCCACUAUUAUCUGUUAAUGAUUCAAAAUGUGUGGCCAGAGCAUAAUACAGGUUUAGAAUCUGUAAUUCAGAAUGAUCAGGGCCUUGGGGUUCACGUAGAAUUCAAUGGGGGUUGUAUUUACAAAUGUAAGAUAUUUUUCGAUUUGAAUUUUCAACAUUUUUACACUAUUUGGCACUCAUUGAAAAUCUCAACCAUAUCACUGAGCACUGAGUUGCUGAUGUAUACUGAAAGAAUCUAACAGUUUUGCCCCAGAUUCUAUAACACAUUUCACAAUUAUUACCUUUAUCUUUUGCACUAUUACUGCUGAAAAGAGAAUCCCUACCCCCCUACUUUACAUAGUCCUCUCCCCAGCCUAGAUGUAAACUCCGGUAAUUGCUCUUUACUUACCUCUUUGCAAUUCAGUGGAGCUUAUUUGGCAUCCCCAAUUAAUUUUUUUUGCUUGUGGCGCCCCAACAGUUUUUAUAUUUAAAGUGUGGCUCGGGUAAAAAAGGUUGGGGACCCCUGAUCUAGACAGUGGUAUUCUAUUACAUCUGACAAGUGAUAUUAAAAAUAUCUUUACAUUGAACAUUUUUCUUUUCCGUUUUGCAGUUUGUCGUUAGAGGGUUGCUGUAUUACUCUGGCAACAAAUAGUUUGAAUGGCACAUUAGAAAAUGAGUAAGUGAAGGAUUAAUCUGCUUUCUAACCAUGUUUUCCAUCAGGAAUCUCGGGACCCUAUAGGACUGUCUGAACCCCCCUGUUCCUCACAGCCCCUAUCCCCCAAAUCUCUGCCCCUUUUGCACAGUCCCUCUUUUGAUUAAAAUCACAUACAAAUAUAAAGUAUAAUUAUUAAUAUUUUAUAUAUGACUACAUCUACAUGUUAUUAUAUAUUUAAAAACCUUAUACAAAUGAAUGAAGUUCAAAUUGUUGUAAUAAAUUGAGUGGUAUUUGUUCUUUAUUGUAAUAAAUAAAAAUUUGUUGAUUCGC